GAAGAGGCCAAGCACUGAUGGAGGAGCACUGAUGGAGUAGCUGAGUUUUGGGACUGUGGAGGCAUCUGAUCUAAGAGCAGAUUCUUGGAGCCUUCCCUGUCUUCUGUCUCACCAGUGAGAUGAAGAAGUGGAGACCAUUGUCCCUCUUGGGCUGCCCUGCGUUCCUGUUCUCCAGGAGGGAGCCAGAUCAAUUUAGGAAACAUAGAUGGAGUUUUUCAUGGGACUGGAGGAGUGCCUGAAAAGUGUAUUUUGGUCUCAAAACAUCACAGUGGUAUCACAGUGGCCCAUCGAGUUGCAGGGACGGCUGAAUCGCUCUUGGAGAUCUAAGGCCUGCUUCUUCUCUUGCUCUGAGGUGAACCAGAAACAGAGACACCACAGCGACUGGAUCCACCCCAGAUUUGAGAGCACUUUAGCAUCUCCUCGGGGUGCGUUCCUCUUUCUCCACUCGGCUCUAGCGAGCAUCAUGAGGCUUCCGAGAGGUUUUACCAUACCUUUUGAUGCCUCCCAAGAAGAAGAAACCUACCCACAAGGCGAGGAAGGCAGAGCUGGUGUUCCUUGAAAAGCCUCAGGAGGGCCCCGUCCGUUACUGUGAAACUCUGCUACCACCGGUUGAGAAUCCAAGACGUGUUCCUACAAAACCUGUGGACCAGAACACCUCUGCUGCCUGGGUGUGCCCGCAAUUUGAAACAACUGAGUCAGUGGCGCUGAAAGCUUGCCAGAGGAAACAUUGUGGUCCUCACAAACCCCAAAACCAGGAUGCCAAGCACAGUUCACUUCACGCAGGAGGACCUUGUCGAAGAGCUGUAGCCUCCAAAUAUCCUCCUUUAAUUUUUGGGAAUCCAGAAGGACAUGCAGUCCACCCCUCAGAUAGUACGAAUCGCUCAGGGAAGAGCACACAGCCCUCCUGCAGCCGGCCCAAGAAAGGGACAGCAGCAAAACCCUCCAUCCAGGUGAACAGUCCAGAGAGCUGUAGAGAAAUGCCUUUGUUACCUGCUCCCCAGCCUGUGGAGCCAGAAGUCUUCAGUCCAGCAGAUGCAGACGCUCCACAGAUGCCUUCUGUAAGGGACUGGAGGUGCAACAGCACUCCUCCAUGCAGAGGCAGCCACGCUUGGCAUCCACAGAAAGAGCUGGCCCUCAGUGUGGAUCCCUGUGGGAGGGGAGAGUCGGCGGCAGUGCUGGUUACAGAUACUCCUGAGCACGAAUACGGCGUGAAGGUUACUUGGCGGCGGCGGCCUCACCUCAUGAGGUACCUGCAGCGGAGGGGGAAGCUGAGUGCUGCCGACAUCUUGGUGAAGGUAAACCCUGAGCUCCCGGGGGAGACGUGACAGCCUCUGACCUGGGGCGGAAGGGGAGCAGCGAUGU